AUGCAUCCUGGAAGAUCUGUGUUGAUUGGCCGUGGGUCCGACUGUGAUGUGACGCUGCCGUAUAGAGGCGUGUCUGUACAUCAUGCCCUGCUUCGAUACAGGCCAUUGGGUGACUCUGAGCCGGUGAUGCACUUGGAAGACACUUCCACCAACGGCACUGGCAUGGCCUCAGGGCCCGACUGGCUUCCGAUUCGGAAAGGCCAGGCCCGGGCCUUGAAGUCACUCGGAAAGUUCGUGGUUCCCUUCAACCGGAAGCCUCAUCAAGAAGCAGUUGUGUUGACGGUUAUCAACCAUGGGGAAGGCCUCCCCGACGCAUAUGACUCUAAGAGAAAGUCCGGGCGGUGGAAGUAUUGCGGCAAAUUGGGUGAAGGUGGCCUUGGCGUGGUGUAUCGCGCAGUGGAUGCCCUGGGACGGUUGCAAGGAGACAUUGCAAUCAAAGUAUGCAAACUUGCAAAAAACAUCAAGGCCGCUGCAAAGCUCAGAAGUGCUUUUAAAUUGCAUCGUGAGGCACAGUGGUCCCUUCAGUUGAUUCACAACAGCAUGCACAAGAGCUACUCGCAACAGAGGGCAGGCCUUUUUGCCAGAUACCUGGAAGAUCACACAGGCCAUUGGAGUACAGACUCCAAUUUUGAUGCAGAGCGAUCUACCUUUGAGGCCGCGAACUUCCGGUGGGAUAAGUUUGAACCACCUUCGCCUUUGCCAUCCUAUCCCUAUGUGGCCAUGGAAUUUGUCCCAGGCCGCACGGUUCAUUCAGCAUUGGGUUGGUCAAGACAUCAUCCACUCAAAGACGAAGCUGUGCUGACACACAAGGAAAGGGAAUCAAUCAUAAGGCAAGCAACCCAAGCCCUGAUUUAUCUCAUAGAGAUGGGUCUCAUUCAUCGAGAUUUCAGGACAACAAACCUCAUGGUGGUUCGUCGAAAUUCCUCCAUUGAGAUGAGAGUGAUUGAUUUGGGUCUGGCCAUUUCGUCUGAAGAACACCAGUGCCAAAAUGAAAGCGCAGUUGUGAGAUGCAACUGGAAAGAGGAAGAGAAGCAUGGAUUUGACUGGGCACCCCCGGAAGUGAAAGCAAAGGAGCCCUUCGUCAACUUUCUGUAUCCCAUGCACUCGUUUGACGUUUUCUCAUUUGGCGUCUUGGCAGUUCAGCUGCAGACCAAUGGUGCCCAAGCAGCCCGCCUUGAAGUGAGCCGCCUGAUGGGCAACGACCAAGGCGAGAAACUGGUGGGAAAGAUGGGCUUCUCGCAGCAGAUGUUGAUCCGCAUGCUGGGAGAAGCAUCGGGGCGUCCGCAUGCUAUCGAGCUCUGGGAGCAUUUGAAGACUGGUCAGCAAAGAGCUCAAGGACAACCCAAGGAGACCACUCCUUACAAAGUGUCGCAGAAUUUGUCAUCUCUUCCAAAUGGCAAGACAGGGAAAAUCUGUCGAAAGGAACCGGAGGUCGCUAGGAAUGAAGAGCAUGGAGCCAGCUUGGCAUCUUCCAAGAGACUGCCGGAGCACCACGAGGCAUCCAGCCUUUUGCUGAUGAGACAUCGCAAGAAGCAGCAACGCAGGGGCGUCGUAACACUUGGAGAGGAUGGGAUGAAUGAUGGUGGAAGAAAAGAUGGGAAGACUGCUGGAAAGGUGAUCACUGAUGGCCCGUCCCAAGAGUACUGGCAGUUUGUCAUGCAUUCUGGCACCACCGUGACGAUUGGCCGGGGGGUCGACUGCAACGUGAUACUCAAAAGCAAGGGUGUAUCAGGACGUCAUGCAGUGCUGCACUUCAGGCCAAGAGAUACCUCUGAGCCAGUCCUACAGUUGGAGGACACGUCCACCAACGGCACUGGCUUGGCCCACAGCACUGAAUGGCUGCCAGUGCGCAAAGGCGAAGUUCGAGAAUUGCCGCGGAGCACGCAACUCCUCUUUCCUCUCUCAGGCAGGCCUGGCGAGCCGCCAGUUAUGUUGGCGGUCACCAACCACGGAGAAGGGUUGCCAGACCCCUAUGACUUUCGUCGAAAGUCUGGACGUUGGAAAUACCAGGGCAAAUUGGGCGAAGGGGGCCUUGGCGUUGUCCAUCGUGCACGUGACUCUAAGGGGAAACUGGUAGGUGAUAUUGCCAUCAAAGUCUGCAAGCUGGCGAAGGAUGUCAAAGCCACCGCAAAGCUUCGAAGCGCUUUCAUCCUACAUAGGGAGGCGCAGUGGUCACUACAAUGGAUUCACAACAGUGAACACAAGAGCUACUCAAAACAGAAGGCAGCCCUUUUUGCCAAGUACUUGGAGGAUCACACAGGUCGUUGGAGUCGUGACUGUGACUUUGAUGAGGAGCGAGUGACCUUUGAGUCUGCUGAAUUCCGUUGGGACAAGUUCAAGCCAAUGGAGACGAUGCCAGAAUUCCCAUAUGUGGCGAUGGAAUAUGUUCCCGGACGGACGCUGCACUCAGCAUUGGGCUGGUCAAGAGAUCAACCAACUGAUGAGCAUUUGAACCAGGAAGAGAAAGAAAGCAUUGUGAAACAAGCGACGCAAGCCUUGAUCUACCUGAUGGACAUGGGUCUCAUUCAUCGAGACUUUCGCACCACAAAUCUGAUGGUCUCCUACCGCAAAGCUGAUAUCCAAGUGAGGGUCAUUGACUUGGGUCACACGAUACUUGCUGAAGAACACCAGUGCCGCAACAAGAGCGCGGUGGUUCGCUGCAAUUGGAAAGAGGAUGAGAAGAGGAAGUUCGACUGGGCCCCUCCAGAAGUCAAAGCAAAGGAGCCUUUCAUGAACUUUUCAUAUCCCGUGCACUCAUUUGACAUCUUCUCCUUUGGAGUUCUGGCCGUUCAGCUUCAGGCAACCGCCAUGCAGCAAGCCCGCCUUUCGGUGAGCCGUUUGAUGGGCAAUGAUCAAAGUGAGAAAUUGGCUGGUAAGCUGGCUUUUUCGCACCAGACCUUAAGCAAAAUGCUGGGGGAAGCUUCUGGACGUCCACACGCUCAAGAGCUCUUGGAGCAUUUGAUGAAUGGAGAACUGAGAGUCGAUGAACCAGACCCACAGGAUGUCAAGGGAAAGAUGCCAGAGAACACAGAGAGAAGGCAGCAAGGAGGAGUCGUGGAGGAAAUAGAAGAAGUGAUUGAGGGAGAAAUGGCAGAGGCGUCGGCAUCUCCUUCUGACAACAAGAACUCAGCACGGGGCUCAAAGGCAGAUCAGAGUGCCAUGCAGAGCGCCAUGCAAAGUGCUGUGAGCGCAGUACACCAGGAACGAAAUUCCGCACCAUUGUCAACUGGCAAGACGGGAAAGGCAAAGGCUCAGAAGAAAGAUUCGGAGAUCACAAGCGCCAGCAAUGUGGAACACCCGAGCUUCACAAGCGUGAAGGCACCGCAGCAAGCAGAAGUGCCACUGAAACAGAACCGUUCCAGAAAGGGUGAAUCUGAAGAGACAAAGGUCCACAAACAGGAGGAAAGCCAACAAGAAGAGAUAGAAGAGCCAAAGGUCCCAGGAAGCAACUCAAUCAAAGAUAAAAAAGAACGGGAGACUCAAAAGAUACCGGAAUCAAACCUUCUCAAGCUAGAGAAGAAGCGCCAAGCCGGCUUGAAGCGUGAAGAUCCAGGUGUGGCCGGAUCUAGAACAGACAAGCACAGAGCUUCGACUGAAGAAAAGAAGAGGAAAGAGACAGAGAAGAAACAGGGUGAGCUCAAAGCUGAACGGAAGAAACCCAAACAGGCUCCUAGUCCUUCGAAAGCUGAACUGCAGAAAAAAGAAGAGGAAGAUGCUGCCAGAGCAAAACAAUUGCAAGAUAGUGAGAUUGAGAAGAAGAGGAAGCAGGAUUUACAAGAUGCCAGGAGGGUCAGGGUUCAGGAACAGCUUUUGCUGCGCCAGCUCAACCUCACCGAUGACCAAGAGGAGGAACCCAAGAAAGAUGCCAAGCGAAAGGAGGGCAAAUCUACCCCAGUAACUGUGGAGAAGCAAGAGCUAUCCCAGCCUAGAGGAGUAGAGUUUCAAAAGAUCCCAGCAGAGAAUGGCAGGGCCCCAGCAGAACGAGGAGAAGAACCAGACAAGGUCCGUGAUCUCGAUCAACCCACUAAAAAAGCAAGGAGAGAGAAUGGUUGGGAUGGUACCACUGACAAAAUUGCACAAGCAGAAGAAGAUGCUUCCACCCAAGCUGCUGCCAAAGCUGCCAUGAAAGCGGCAGCAGUAGCUGCGGCGGCAAAAUUUGCCGAAGAAGCUGCAGCAGCAGAAGCUGCACGAGUCGAAAAAGUCGAACGAGCGGCCAAAGAUGCCAGGGAUGCGAAGGCUGCAAAAGCGGCAGAGGUUGAAAAGGCUCGUCAGGACGCCGAAGCUGCAAGAGUUGAGAAGGCGAUGAGAGCGGCCCAACCACAGGAUGAGUCGGCAGCGCAAGCAGCUAUUCAAGCAAGGAACCACCAAGUGCAGCUGUGGGCCGCACAGGCACAAGUUGCUCAAGCUGCUGAAGCAGCUCGCAAUGCUCAGUUGAUACGUGUAGCUCAACUUCAAGCUCACUAUGCUGCCCAAGUCAAGCUCCAACAGGCAGCAGCAGUGCAGCAAGAAGUGGAAAGAGCUGCUGAGUCUAAGCGAUUGGCCGAGGCUCGGGAAGCCGAACGAGCUGAGGUGGAACGAGCUGAGGCCGAACGAGCUGAGGCCGAACGUGUGGCUGAGACUGAACGUGUGCAGAGAGCAGAGUUAGCUGCAGCUGCAGCUUCGCUUCGCAUGGCUUCUUGGGCAUUCUCCGGAGCUCCAGCGCCCGUUGCACCAGGGCCGAUGGCUCCGAUUGCUCCGAUUGCUCCGAUUGCCCCGAUUGCUCCGAUUGCCCCGAUUGCUCCGAUUGCUCCGAUUGCUCCGAGCGUUGUUCAUGCAAAAGCUAGUGCAAACGGUCCCAAAAUCAUUCCUGCACGGCUUCCUGGACCUCAACUUGCGGGACCACCACAGCCUGCAGGAGGUGUACCCACUGAGGUGACCAAAGAUGUGCACUUCUCAAAGAGUGCCCAGAUUUUUGCCAAGGUGAGUUUCUCCAAAGCGGCGGGUGUGAGCAAAGCUAGGGCACGGUGAACCCAUCUGACGUGCUUGGUACAGGAGGCUGUCUUAGAUUUGCAAGGCCAUCUGUUUGGAUAGGCCUUUUUCUCGCUGUUCCUGUGGCCAAGGAAGCUUUGGGACAGGCGAAGUGUUGCCUUGACGGCAGAGCGUGAAAUAUGUAAAAAA